CCAAAGCCACUCCCCCUUCUGAGUGCCUCCUUCCACAGGCAAACUAGUAUUUGUUUCGUUGCAUGUAAUUCCUCUUCGGAAUAGGCUAAAAUAAGAUCAGAAACAAGUUAAGUUCUUCUUCAUAGAAAUGGAAAAUGGAGGCGAGGGUGGCAUAGGAGGGGUGGUGAAGAAGCCAAGAGGGUGCUACUCAUGCAGCAAAAAGGACUUCCUCCCAGAGGAGUCCUUUCAGAGUUGGGCCAACUAUGGCCGGGCUCUGCGAGAGACUGGAAAGCGGCUCGGGGACCGGAUCACCGCGCGGUCACUGGACCGGACGGAGCUCAACGAGGUGAGGGCGAGGAGUGGACACGAGAUGAGGAGGAACCUCUCCUGGUGGGACCUCAUGUGGUUCGGCGUCAGUUGUGUCGUCGGCGCCGGCAUCUUUGUCCUCACCGGCCAAGAGGCCCAUGAUGCCGCAGGGCCGGCUGUGGUGCUCUCUUACGUUGUCUCUGGUGUUGCUGCCAUGCUGUCAGUUCUAUGUUACACCGAGUUUGCUGUGGAAAUCCCGGUAGCAGGUGGCUCCUUCGCCUACCUCCGGGUAGAACUCGGCGACUUCAUCGCUUUCAUUGCCGCCGGCAACAUCCUCCUCGAGUACAUCGUCAGCUGCGCCGCCGUCGCCCGCGCCUGGACCUCCUACUUCGCCACCCUCCUCAACCACCACCCGGACGACUUUCGCAUCCACAUCCCAUCCCUCUCCCCGGACUACAACCGCCUCGAUCCCAUCGCCGUCGCCGUCACGGCCACCGUCGGCCUCGCCGCCAUCCUCAGCACCAAGGCCGCCUCCCGCUUCAACUACGUCGCCUGCAUCAUCCAUCUCACCAUCGUCGUCUUCAUCGUCAUCGCCGGCCUCACCAAGGCGGACCCGAAGAACCUCUCCGACUUCGCCCCGUUCGGCGCCCGCGGCCUCUUCUCCGCCUCCGCCGUCCUCUUCUUCGCCUACGUGGGCUUCGACGCAGUGUCCACCAUGGCCGAGGAGACCAAGAACCUGGCCCGCGACAUUCCCCUCGGUCUCAUCGGCGCCAUGACCAUCACCACCGUCUGCUACUGCCUCCUCGCCCUCACCCUCUGUCUCAUGCAGCACUACUCCCGCAUCGACGUCGACGCGGCCUUCUCGGUCGCAUUCCAAGCCGUCGGCAUGAAUUGGGCCAAGUACGUCGUCGCCUUCGGCGCGCUGAAGAGCAUGACCACCUCCCUCCUCGUCCUGGCCGUCGGGCAGGCCCGCUACCUCACCCACAUUGCCCGCACCCACAUGGCACCGCCGUGCCUCGCCCACGUCAACGCCUCCACCGGCACCCCCAUCAACGCCACCGUCUUCAUCUUCAUGCUCGUCGCCGUCGCCCUCCUCGUCCGCCGCCACUACGUCAGCGGCGAGACCUCCACCGCGGACCGUAACAAGCUCAUAGUUUGCAUUGUUCUUAUAUUAGGCUCGUCGAUCGGGAUCGCCGCCUAUUGGGCGGCUGGCGGUGAGGGGUGGGUGGGGUACGUGGUGUCGGUGCCGGUAUGGCUUUCAACGACGGCGUACUUAUGGCUGAGAGUGCCGCAGGCGAGAACGCCAAAGCUAUGGGGGGUGCCGAUGAUGCCGUGGCUGCCGUCGGCAUCCAUCAUCAUCGAUGUUUUCUUGCUUGGGUCGAUCGACCGAGCAUCAUUUGUUAGAUUUGGCGUAUGGACGGUGGUGCUGCUUGUCUACUAUUUCUUCAUUGGGCUCCAUGCGUCUUAUGACACCGCCAAGGCCUCCACCUCUGGCGAAUCUCCAGUCCAGGCCUAAUUUUGGAAGAUGGCGAUGGUUUCUAGUGGGCGGCCACUGAUCAGCAUGACUGUUUGGGCUCUGGGUGGACUUUCACCCAAAGCCUAAAAAAAGCAGCAAAAUAUGAAUAAUAAAAUUUAGACUCCAUGUGCCACUUAAAAGUAUUUUCUUAAGAAUAAUCAUUUUUCAUCAGACAAAUGGAUUUCAUAAAACCUAUUAUCCCUGGAAU